AUGGCUGUCCUCACCGAGCUGCUCAAUGGCCCCUUUGUGGUACAGGGGGCCUCUGUGGCCUUACUGGUAGUGCUUGUCACCUUCAUCUGGGAUGAUAUCGUGGAUGAGAUCCCACAUCGCCGCAUCCCCCUGGUUGGGAGAACAUGGGGGGAUAUCACCAACAAAAAGGCUAGGUCUCGCUUCGUGCAGUCAAGUCGCGCCUUGAUUGCCGAGGGGUUUGCAAAGGUCGGUCUCCAGAUAGAAGGCCUCUCUUUUGGAGUGACACAAGGGAAUCGUUGGGACGCUGACAGGUCAUGA